AUGGCGCUGACAGGUAAGGGUAUGGCAGCAAUGGCCACCUCUCUUCUCAAAAACCCUUCACUCUACCACCAUUAUCUCCUCCUUGCUUCAUCUUCUUCCUCUUCACAGGGCACAAACCUGCUACUACCUUCCGACGCCUCCGGUUUGCUCGAUUUCAAGUUGAAAGCCGAUUCGCGGCACAAUUUGGAUUAUUCCUCAAAAACCGCUUUCGCUUUCUGCAAAUGGGAAGGUGUCCAGUGCUCGGCCUCCCGGGCGGUCAAAUUUAUCGUCGAGGACCGGAAUCUCGGUGGCGUUUUUCCGCCGGACACUCUAACCCGGCUCGGCCAGCUCCGAGUUCUGAGCCUCCAGAACAACUCGCUCACCGGCCCGGUUCCCGACCUCUCCGGCCUGGUCAAUCUCAAGGCCCUCUUCCUCUCCCGCAACUACUUCUCCGGCGCGGUUCCUCCCUCCAUCUCCGCCCUCCACCGCCUCAAAACCCUAGAUCUCUCCUACAACAUGCUCGCCGGCCCAAUCCCCGAGUCCCUCAACGGCCUGGACCGGCUGUACUGCCUCCGCCUCGAUUUUAACCGGUUCAACGGCUCGGUCCCCCCUCUCAACCAAUCCUCCCUCCAACUCUUCAACGUCUCUCACAAUAGCCUCGCCGGCGCGAUUCCGGUCACACCGACCCUCUCCCGCUUCGAUAGAACGUCGUUCGGCCAGAACCCCAGCCUCUGCGGCGAGAUCAUCCACCGGGAGUGCCGCCCGUCGCGGCCGUUCUUCGGCUCCGCCGCCGCGUCGCCGGCCGCGGCGGCGCUCAGCCAGACCACCCAGCUGCAGGGCGGCGUGGCGCUGGCCGGCAGGGGAGCGCUCGUCGGGAAGCACAAGCGGGCCGCCUUAGUGAUCGGGUGCACGCUAGGCGCGUCCAUUCUCGUCGUUUCACUUUUGUGCCUCGCGCUAGCUGUCAGGAAGCGCAGGGGACGUGGCGAAAGUACCAGAAUGCCCCUGGAGGCUAGCGUGACGGGGAAUGCCGAGGCUGUGACGCGGAUCGAAGAAGAGAAUGCGGAGCUGGCGGAGAAGGUGCGGAGGGUGCAGGAGGAGAAGGGCCAGCAGCUGAGGGGCAAAAGCGGGAGUUUGGUAUUCUGUGCGGGUGAGGUGCAGGUUUACACGAUGGACCAGCUGAUGAGGGCCUCGGCAGAGCUGCUGGGGAGGGGGACGAUGGGGACUACUUACAAGGCAGUGCUUGACACGCGCCUCAUCGUGACUGUGAAGAGGCUGGAUGCGGGCCGGCUGGCGGGGUUGGUCCGGGAGGCAUUCGAGGCCCACAUGGAUGCUGUUGGCGGGCUUAGGCACCCCAAUCUGGUACCCCUACGGGCUUAUUUCCAGGCCCGGGAGGAGAGGCUGCUGGUGUAUGAUUAUCAACCCAAUGGAAGUCUUUUCUCCCUCAUUCAUGGUUCAAAGUCAUCGAAGGCAAAGCCACUCCAUUGGACCUCAUGCCUGAAAAUAGCAGAGGACUUAGCCCAAGGCCUUUGCUACAUCCACCAAGCCUGGCGCCUAGUCCAUGGCAACCUCAAACCCUCCAACGUCCUCUUGGGCCCAGACUUUGAGGCCUGCUUAACCGACUACUGCCUCGUGGCCCUAUCCAGCCCGUCUUUGGACAAUGACCCAAAUUCCAUGGCCUAUAAAGCCCCAGAGAUGCUCAAGUUCAACAACCGUGAGCCCACCACUAAGUCGGACGUCUACUCGUUCGGCAUCCUUCUUCUCGAGCUCCUGACUGGAAAGAGCCCUUCGGAGCACCCAAAUGUGGGCCCGCACGAGAUGGCUCAUUGGAUGAGGUCCACAAGGGACGAGCACAAUGAGGAGAACAGGCUUGAGAUGCUUCUUGAGGUGGCCUUGGCUUGUUGUGGGCCUUUGCCUGAGCAGAGGCCCACAAUGUGGCAAGUGUUGAAGAUGGUGCAAGAGAUUAAGGAAGUGGCGUUGAUGGAAGAUAGUGACUUCAACCCGAGUUCGGGCUCCUCGUAGGACUUUAUGUAAUGUUAUUUGUACAUCUCACGUAUCGGAUGAUGUCAUCGUUGUGCACGUGUUAUGCUCGUGUGGUGUAUCGAAAUAUUUAGAUGACGCGCGGUAGAAAAUUGAGGUUUGGGUUAAAAUUAGUAUGGUCACGGUUUUGUAUAUGCUAUUAUGAUGGAUUGAAUGGACGGACACUCAGAUGAGAAAUUGCCCUCUUCUACUCCCCAACCCUUUGGCCAAAAAGCGGGUGAAGAAUUAAAAGGAGUUGGUUCAAGUUCAACUACAUUUAGGUACAUUUUGUAUUCAUAUUCUUGUGUUUUACUUGAAUGUAUUCAUUACUUGUGGUGGUUGGUUGGUGUAACUCUUUUCAUUGCUGGUGUAAAUUCAAUUGAGGCGGUAGAUCUCCAAUACUUAUGACUUCGCCUGGAUGUGUGGUUUAUCUAGAAAUAUACGGACCAUAUUUUGCCACCACGGCCCAUGUUCUGGAUUCUUUAUAUUCAACCUUUCGUCAG